AUGGGAUGGAUAAAACAGUACAAACCCAAUUCAAAGGGAAAUGGUGAAUCAACAGCCCAUUCCAACAAUUCAAGAUACGCCUCUCCUAAAGCAGCUUCUGUUAGCUUUUUGACCCCAUCAGGAGAACUGUCCUCCACUUCAGUGGAAGUAAGUAGGUUUGCAUUGGCUGUUGAAUGGGCAAGACUUACUUCUCCGAAAGUGUGCGGGUAUCGUGGAAAAGCAGAUAGCGGCGGUAAUCGCGCGGCGCUCGCGCCAUCCCGGUGCGGACCGGCGCGGGGCGGCGCGGCACGUGGCCAGGUGCAAAGGCGCGCCCGUGGGCAGAAAGGGCUCAUCACGAAAAAGAAACAGCGAACCGACCACCUCCGCGGCGCCUCCGCCUCCGCCGCCGCCUCCGCCGCCGCCUCCGCCGGCGCUGCCAUCGCCGCUGCCUCCGCCGCUGCCUCCGCCGCUGCCGAUCCGCCGCCUCCGCCGCCUCCGCCGCCGCCGCCGCGGCGUGGAAAUGAUCAAUCACGGGAGCGGCCUGCAGGGUGCGCGCGGUCGGGACCGAACAGGAGGCCUUUUCUGGGAGAAGGGCCAGAUAACUCAUUUGAAGAAGAAGAAGAAGAAAAAGAAGAAGAAGAAGAAAAAGAAGAAGAAGAAGAAGAAGAAGAAGAAGAAGAAGAAGAAGAAGGGAUUUUCCAGCGAGUCCUGAUCCCAACAAAGAAAAUUCCACAGAAGUCAGUAACAGAUGGGGCAAUUAUGAUCAACUGGGACUGCCGUGUUCGGAACCCUGACGCAAUGCGGGCGGCGGUUGCGUGCUCGAGACCUGCGCACGCCGCAGAGCGCCUGGGCGCGGAAGAGCAUCUCCCGGAGAUCGCGCCGUAUUUUGAAUCAACGUUACCAACUGUGGCGAAAGUACAACCUAAUGAAUGUGAAGUUCAAUUUUAUAAAUCUAAUUGA